CAGGCGGCUGGCCGGGCUGGCUGGGAAGAACCAUUCCUACCCUGCCGCAGGGAGCCCGGACACUGCUGCCGCCAUCCGUGCCUCCCCCAGUCCCCAUGGUUACGGCUCCUGCUUCCCGGCCGGUUCCUCAUCCCUGGCUGCCACCACAGAAGACAGGCGAAGGCGGCUGGCAUCCCCCAGCAGAAUCCUGGAAACUGCCCGCUAAGCUCGCACUGAGUGCCUGCUCUCCCCAGCUCUGACUCAUCCUUUCCCGGUGCAGAGCACUGUCACUGCCGCUGUGCACUGGCCACAGCCUGUCACCAGGCUGCAGCCCUGCAAUCUGUUGAUAACUCCACUUUGGCGCUCCAGUCCAAUGCCUCUUGUGAUGGAAAGCUGUUCCCCAGCACAGGGAACCCGCUACAUCUCACCAGUGACAGGAAGCACAAGAUCGGUGCCUCUCCAGCUGUUUUUGCCAGAAUAGAUGGGUACAACCCACGGACCCUCACCAGCCCCCUCAGGGUCACCCUGAGGCACACUGCCCUGGAGUUUGACCUAGAGCUGCUGUCUGGGACUUUGACCUUCUGGAUGGCCAUGGAGCCUGGUGGGGAGAAGGGUGCGACAUAAUUGUCUCUGCCGGCAACACCGCCCCCACCGGUGCUCUCACCUCAGUAACUCUGCAGGGCUCAUGGAUUUGAAGACUGUCCUCUCCCUGCCCCAGUACCCAGGGGAAUUCCUGCACCCUGUGGUGUAUGCAUGCACUGCAGUCAUGCUGCUGUGCCUCCUUGCCUCCGUUAUCACCUACAUCAUGCACCAGAGUGCCAUCCGGAUCAGCAGGAAAGGCCGGCACACGCUCCUGAACUUCUGCUUCCAUGCAGCUCUGACCUUCACUGUGUUUGCAGGUGGCAUCAACCGCACCAAAUACCCAAUCCUGUGCCAGGCGGUGGGCAUCGUGCUACACUACUCCACACUCUCCACCAUGCUGUGGAUUGGAGUGACCGCCAGGAACAUCUACAAGCAAGUGACCAAGAAGGCCCUGCCAUGCCCAGGCGCAGACCAGCCACCGUUCCCCAAGAAGCCCCUGCUCAGGUUUUACCUCAUCAGUGGAGGCAUCCCUUUCAUCAUCUGUGGGGUCACAGCUGCCACAAACAUCAGUAAUUAUGGAACUGAAGAUGAGGACACAGCAUACUGCUGGAUGGCCUGGGAGCCCAGCCUGGGUGCAUUCUAUGGGCCAGCUGCCUUCAUCGCCCUGGUCACCUGUGUGUACUUCCUCAGCACCUACGUCCAGCUGCGGCGCCACCCCGAGCGCAGGUAUGAGCUCAGAGAGCGCACAGAGGAGCAGCAGCGCCUGGCUGUACCAGAGGGAAGCCAUUGCCAUGGGGUGAGGCCAGGCACACCAACUGCCUGUGACACCCUGGUGGCCUCACAGCUGCAGAAUGAGCACUCGUUCAAGGCUCAGCUGCGGGCCGCCGCCUUCACACUGUUCCUAUUCACAGCCACAUGGACCUUUGGGGCACUGGCUGUGUCUCAGGGCCACUUCCUGGACAUGAUCUUCAGCUGUCUGUAUGGCGCCUUCUGUGUGACGCUGGGGCUCUUCGUGCUCAUCCACCAUUGCGCCAAGCGGGAGGACGUGUGGCAAUGCUGGUGGUCUUGCUGCCCUUCCCGAGGGGACACCUCCACCACCAAACCCAGCACCCACCCUGCACUUGAUGCCAAUGGAGACAUACUGGGGCACACCUGCCUGCAGGACUCACCAGGCCCUGGCAACCCAAGGGGCUUCAGCCACGCACCCACUGGCCACUGCAAGAUGACCAACCUGCAGGCUGCCCAGGGCCAUGUCAGCUGUCUCUCACCAGCCACUCCCUGCUGUGCCAAGAUGCACUGCGAGCAGCUGAUGGAGGAGGAGGCCCAUGUGCACAUGCCUGAGGAGGAUGCCUUCCCACACGACCCACACUUGCACAGGUGCCUCAAGGGCAGAACUAAGCCUCACUACUUCAGCCGGCACCAGGCAGCUGCCACUGAGCAUGAGUAUGCCUACCACAUCCCCUCCAGCCUAGAUGGCAGCCCCCAUAGCUCACACACAGACAGUCCCACCAGCUCUCUUGAGGGCCCCAUGGGAGUGCACACAUUGGCCUGCUGCACCCAGGGUGACCCCUUCCCUAUGGUCAGCCAGCCUGAGGGCAGUGACGCCAGUCCUGCACUCUACGGCUGCCCUCCAAGGCUGCCUCCAGGACCUGCCCAUUUGGAGAUGCUCCGGAGGACACAGUCCCUGCCAUUUGGUGGCCCCAGCCAGAAUGGGAUGCUCAAGGGCACUGUUCAAGAAGGACUGUCAUUCAGCACCGACGGGACGGGCAAUAUCCGAACAGGGCCCUGGAAAAAUGAAACUACUGUGUAAUGGGGACAGGAACAGAUCACCCUCACCAGUGCCACCAUGUCCCUGGAGGAGCUUCUGAGCAAAGAGGAGGCCCAUUUGCCACAUGAGGUUGAUGGGAAGGGUCACCAAAAUGACCAAGCCUUUCAGAAGCUGCUCACACAUUAGAUCUGUGUUCCUUUUGUUGUGAAAGACCCCAGCAGGAAAAUGUUCUGGGCCGCACCUGCCUCUGUUAGUCCCAAAGUGGGAUGUGGCUGUCCACAUACUGUCACCUGCUUUCUGUUUAUAGUAUUCCAUCUCCAGGGCAGCCCAGAAUCAGAGUACAGGAUUCUAUCAAAGAAGCUACCCCAGACCCCAGGGCAGGGCCCUGCAUCCAUACUGUAUUGCUGGGUGGUGAUCCAGGCAACCUCAGCAGAGGCUCCAUCUGAUGUUUCCUGGCCUCGUGUGUGUGUGUGUGUGUGUGUGUGUGUGUGUGUGUGCGCGCACAUGUGUGUGUUAAAUUUUGCUCUAGGAGCCAUGGUGGCCAGUCCUAAAGAGCAUUCUCCCACUGGGCAGUUUCCACAGGUCCCUUCCAGUGUCCUUGUGUUUGUGUCACACCAGCAUCUUCCCCCUGGCACUUCUUCCAGCUCACUGAACCCUAACCCCUGGCAGUGCAGCCUGAGAGUAUCUUGGAUGCUGGAAGGUGGGCCCCCCACACUGCUUCUGGAGCUGUAGGCAAGGAAAGCAGCUGCCAAUGGCUGCCAGCCUACAGAGGGCUGGUCACAGUCUCUUGGGUCCCAUGCCUUCCAAGAUGCCCAAAUACUUCAUGGAGAUUCAGCUUCCAGACCCAGCCACUAUCAGGAUUGGACUGGAUCCCACUCCACUGUGGGCACUUCUCUGUUGCACAAAGAAGAGGAACUAACUGGAGUGUGAUAGUCAUCGUAGACAAAAUUUCUUUUUCUUUUUUCAUUUUCAUCUGGGCACAAAGCCCCAACUCGAAGGACAGAUGUUGACGACAGUGAACCUUUUGUGAAAAGAAGUAGCCUGUCCCUGGCGGAGUCCCCACUGAGGCUGGAGCACCUGUGUUCAGAGGGGCAUGCCCAUGAGACUGUGCACAGGCAUUCCCCUCUCUCCUCCCAGCCUGUGGAACAUGUGCACACACAUGUAUGCACACAUACAUGUACACAAGCACAUAUACAUACACCACACACUUGGAUACACAUACAUUCACACACUGUGCAUAUCACAAACAUGCAUGUGUACAAACGUAUAUAUGUGUGAAAAGUACACAUGCACACACUUGCAGAACAGGCAUGUGUAUGAGUGUGUGCACAUCGUACAAAACACACAUGCAUACCUUCAUGCACCUGUACAACACACACGAGUGCACAUACACACAUACUGCAGUGUACACACAUUUACACAUGUACCCAGACACUUGUUUUCUAUCCACCCCAAGCCCUGGGUUUUCACUGCAGGUGCUCAUGUCAGCCUCAGGAUCAGUGUCACUGUGACUCUGCUGUUUGGGCAGGUGGCUUCAUCGGGAGCAGAACCUUCCCAAUGCACACCUCAGAGGGGAGAGCAGGAGGUAUGUUGCAGCACCUUCCAGGUAGGCACAAUCUGCAGUGCUGCAGUGAGAAGUGCCAUCCAGAGACCAAUGCUCAGUAUCUGAGUAAGGAGCCUGUCAGCCCUGACACUUAUAAACUCAUCUGUGAUAUUGUAACUUACCGCAGCUUCCUGCACCCAACACAGACCCUGUGUGUCCUUAUAGGUCAAGCAACAGGCAACCAAGGACCUCUGGGUGGUUUAAGUUUUUGUCACUGUCUAGGCUUGUCACCUGCUUCCGUAGCUGAUGCACACAGAACCCAAUGCUAUGCUGUGUGCACACUGUAGAUGCAGACUGUCCAGAUGAAAAUACAUUAUUUUGCAUUGUU